AUGACACCUCGCUGGUUUGGACAGGAAGAAGUCAGCCCAGGCGUCGUCAUUGAACUCGAAAAGCGAUGGCGCGUGCUGAGCCAGAAGGAGGAGCAUGAGUUUCAGGGCAGCGAACAAGACGAUCCUCGGUGGAGUGGGCCAUCGUACGCUUGCAUUCAGCUCAAUGUACAACAAGUGGGCUCUAGGAUCACUCCCCCAGUAAAUGGAUACAUGAGAAUCUACAAGCAAAUUCCUACGGAGGAGACUGUAGCUGACCGGCCCAAGGUCCGGGCACAGCAAGCUAAAACUGUUGUUCCACCUGAACUUGGAGCUUACCGCCAGCUAAUGGACAAGGGCUCGUGGAAACUCUUCGGUGUUCGUAUGUGA